CCCAGCAAACAGCAGAACGCGCUAGAAGCUUACCGGUCACCACAGAGGCAGGACCCAGCACCUCUGUCUCUCCUUCAGUUAACUCGUUACAACACUUUACCACACCUUAACAAGAUGGUUCGUUGGCUACCACUCGAAUCUAACCCAGCGGUUAUGAACAAGUUCUUGGCUGGACUGGGUGUACCUGCGUCAUGGACCAUCCACGAUGUGUAUGGUCUGGAUGAGGAGUUGUUGGGUAUUUUGCCUGUUGGUGCAGUCAUUCUCCUGUACCCCUUCAAUGACAAGGGCGAAGAUUUCAAGAACAAGCAAGAGGAGGAACAGGAGUCAUCAGAUAAAGAGGUGUCUGAAAAGGUCUACUUCAUGAAACAGUUCGUCGGUAAUGCCUGUGGUACGGUGGCUCUCUGCCAUGCCAUCGCCAACAACUUAGACAAGAUCGAGCUUGCUGAUGGUGCGUUAAAGGACUUCAUGGACAAGACAUCAUCCAUGAGCUCUGAGGGAAGAGGUCAUGCAUUAGAAACUGAUGAAGGCAUUUCUAAAGCUCAUGAAGAGUCAGCACAGGAAGGACAGACUGAGGCACCAGACCGCGAGACUGGUAACGAGCACUUCGUCUCUCUCGUUGAGGUAGAUGGCACCCUUUAUGAGCUUGAUGGCCGAAGGAAAUUUGCAAUCAACCACGGCCCCACAACCUCAGAAACACUCUUGAAAGAUGCCGCCAAGGUGUGCCGCCAGUUUAUGGACAGGGACCCAGAAGAAUCACGUUUUGCAGUGGUAGCUCUUGCUGCUGGGCCUACAGAGUAAAUCAAAGAUGCCUUACAACAGGACCUCUUAUCAUUGUUUGUCUACAUAAUUGACGGAUACUUUUGUAACUUUCUUUGGUGCAGAAAAUCAUUUGAAACACAAAUAUUUUCAGUUUUAUUUUGCUUACAAUUACUUUUGUUCGAUAUUGAUAAGCAGGUCCUUAAUAAACCAAGUGAAAUGUUGUUUGAGGCCAGCUAUAAGUUACUGUACUAGUCAGGUAUAUUAUUUUAAGUUGAUUACCUGUGUUAUAAUUUGGCAGCCAGUAUUAUCUGAUCCCUUUAAGGAUAAUAACUUU